GGGCUCGCAAACAUUCGAGAGGGAAACAAAGAAGGAGAAACAUCUCGCGGCAGUUGGACGCAAAACUGGAAUAAUUUACUUUUUUAAACUUCAGGACACCUUGCACAUUAAUAAGAUUUUCGUCAUGUCUCACAAACAGAUCUACUACUCUGACAAAUAUGACGAUGACAAAUACGAGUACAGGCAUGUAAUGCUACCCAAAGACAUUGCGAAGCGCGUACCCAAGACCCAUUUGAUGUCUGAGACCGAGUGGAGGAACCUGGGUGUCCAACAAAGCCAAGGAUGGGUGCAUUACAUGAUCCACCAGCCAGAGCCACACAUCUUGCUGUUCCGGCGCCCUCUGCCCAACCCAAAAUCAUAAGUGAGACAUACUCUGGGUCCAUGGAAGAUCAGUCCGACUUAUGUGCCACAGAUUGAUGCGUCAAAAUAGGGAUCAUGCAGAUUACCAACUCUUCUCUGGUAGGUAACUUGUAAUUUGGGCUGAUCAUGUUGGACCUUGAGGAGGACUAUCACAGUUAUGAACAGUGGUUGUGGAAUGGAGUAUGCCUUGAAGGAACAAAAUCAUCACCCUUCUCUUUGGGAAAAGACUUGUGCAUGUGUUAACAGUGACACACCGCCUGCCAGAAACAUUCAAAUCAGCUAACACUGUCUUUUUGACUUAACCUAUCUGUCCAACUUGAUGAACCUGCUUGGAUAUUCCAGCUUUUUAGAACAAUUGUUAUAAGAUGUGGGGAGAUAAACUUGUUCAAACAUUUGAGAGUCUAACAGAGUGUGUUCUGGGGCAAGCUCAGGCCACACCACAAGCCAGGUAGAAUAGUUGGAUCCCAAAUUAAGUUUAACUCUGAAACACCAAACUGCGGUUUUAAGUGACAUGUUGCUGCUUAGUUUAAAUGACACUGUAAAUUGGCAUUUAACAAUUUGUCAUGUGCAUGAAAAUCCGCAUUCAUAAUAGUCACCUAGAAACUAGUUUUGAUCACCUUUUCCAUAAGAGCAUAUAUUUGGGGGCCUACCAUAAAAAAAAUCUUUUUGAUGGGUCUGAUUGUACCAGUGAGCUGCUCAGUAUUUAUGAAUGUGUUGCCCUUUCUGAAAUAAAUGCAAACUUUUAAAUCUUAUUAGUGCAGACUUGUGUUAUGACAGUAUCUGUGGCUUACUGUUGUACAAUGUGUAAACUAUUGUACAAUUACGAGUCACAUGACACAUUAUAUGCAUGUAAUUAUUAAAAAAAAAAAAAAAAAAAGGGUGGUUGACAGCUGUGAUAGCAGUUACUACCCUAAAAAUGCUCUUAUAGAAUAAUCCUAGAUCACUGAAUCAGCUGCUGGAAAGGCAAUUACAUUUAUUAUUGGUUUGGUAUUGAAUGGUCUUGCAUUGCAGCACUUGGGGUGUGUUACUUACUUGUUCUGAAUACUUACACUCACCCACUCUGAUGUGUCAGUUUGCAAUCUGUCUCAUUUUGCUACCACGCACUAGCUGCUCUUUCACUUGAGGCUAAGGUUUUGCCUCAAAGUUGUUCUGUGAACUUGUGCCUUUUUGUAAAAUUUGCUUUUUAGUUCUUUCUGACAGAAAUAGUUUACAUAAUUUCACAUUUGGGUAUAGUGCUGUUGAACGUUUCAGAAUUAAUAAGUCAUUACAGGGAACGCCACGGUGCAUUUAGUGUUUGAAACAACUGAAAUCAUGUUGGAUCAAAUGCCUAGAUCUUUAGAAUUAGUCUGUGAUGGGGUUUGUCCUUGUCUGGUGAUCUUGACGACGAUGACAACACUAGAAUACUGGCUUAUUACAGAUGUGGAAUUGGUAAUACCCCAUUUUUGCAUUGUAACAUGUUGUAGCUGCAUCAAAAUGGAAAAAAAAAUUACUCAUCGUGGUUUGCCAUUUUUUUCCCCCUCCACUGUGUUUGACACGUCUUUGAACAGUCAGUGCUGGAAGAUUUACAAGAAACUUCACUUUAAACUGUAGUUUUUAUCCCAUCAUGUAGUAUUUGAUACAAACAAAUAUCCACCAGACAACAGCAUGAAGUUCUUUUGAAUACACUUCUCACAAAAUAAAAUAAAAGGAAAGCUUACAGUCAGUGCAGUGAAGGAUAAUUCCUAGCCUGUUCUCAAGGGCAGCUAGAUCUCUAACAAAAUUGUUAACUUGUGAACUUCACAUAACAAUGAAUGAUCCUGUACUGAACAAAGGAAAGAAAACACUUGAUAAUCAUAUAGAAACGGAUGUGCACCUGCUGCACCAGUUGAAACAUAUUGCAGUUAUAUCACAUGGCAUUUCAUUUGUGGCCUUUAUCAUUAAAAUGCAUUUUUCCUUCCACUGCAAAUGAUUUAACAACUUAACAGACUGAAUUUAAU